CGAAAAGGCGAAGGCAGCCUGCAGCAGCGCGCUCUUGUGGACUACUUUUACCGUCGUUCUUAACCCUGCACUGAAUCCACUCUUUCCUAUUCGGUGAUCACGAUGGGAAUUUCCCAAGAUCAUUUUCACAAAAGGCGAGCGACAGGAGGCAAAAGGCCUCUUGUACGCAAGAAGAGGAAGUUCGAAUUGGGACGUCCAGCUGCCAAUACAAAAUUGGGGCCACAAAGAAUUCACACUGUCCGCACCCGCGGUGGAAACAAAAAAUACAGGGCUCUGCGCCUUGACACUGGUAACUUCGCCUGGGGUUCAGAAGGUCGUGCUCGCAAGACCCGUAUCAUCGAUGUGGUCUAUAAUGCAUCUAACAAUGAACUUGUUAGAACAAAAACUCUUGUCAAGAAUUGUAUUGUAUCCAUAGAUGCAACUCCAUUCAGACAAUGGUAUGAGGCUCAUUAUGCCCUACCUUUAGGACGUAAACGUGGAGCAAAAUUGACUGAAGCUGAGGAAGAAAUCCUCAACAAAAAAAGGUCCAAGAAAUGCUUGGCCAAAUACAAGGCUAGACAACGAGUUGCUAAGGUUGAACCAGCACUUGAAGAUCAGUUUGCUACUGGUAGAGUUCUAGCUUGCAUCGCGAGCAGACCUGGACAGUGUGGCCGUUCAGAUGGCUAUAUUCUGGAAGGCAAAGAACUUGAAUUUUACUUAAGAAAGAUUAAGAAUAAGAAAGCAAAGUAAAACAUCUAAAAAAAUUACAAUAAAAUAACUUAAAAGGUUCA